GCUAAAGUCCUCAGGAGGAUGUGGCUGCAGAACCUGCUUUUCCUGGGCACUGUGGUCUGCAGCAUCUCUGCACCCACCAGCUCCCGCAGCCCUGUUACCCGACCCUCUCAGCACGUGGAUGCCAUCCAAGAGGCCCUGAGCCUUCUGAACAAAAGUAGGGACGAGACUGCUAUGAUGAAUGAAACAGUAAAAGUCGUCUCUGGAAUGUUUGACCGCCAGGAGCCGACAUGCCUGCAGACCCGCCUACAGCUGUACAAGGACGGCCUGCAGGGCAGCCUCAGCAGCCUCAAGCAACCCCUAACCCUGAUGGACAACCACUAUAAGCAGCACUGCCCUCCUACGCCGGAAACUCCCUGUGCAACCCAGACUAUCACCUUCAGAAGUUUCAAAGAGAACCUGAAGGAAUUUCUGUUUAACAUCCCCUUUGACUGUUGGCAGCCAGAAACAACAGAGGCCAGUGCAGCCAGGAGCCAGCCCUGAGAGCGCAGCUCCCAAAUCACUGCCCUCCUCCCCAUGGAUGGCUGAAACCCAAGAUCUUCACCUUUGAGGGACGAUAGCACGGGCCAGGGCUGUGGGGGGCACGGACUUGCUCUGAGCCAUGCUGCCCCUGAUACCGGCUUGGUAUAUGGGGAGUGGGGAAUGUUUUACAUUGGCAGGGAUCCGUAAUAUUUAUUUAUAUAUUUAUGUAUUUUAAUAUUUAUUUAUUUAUUUAUUUAAGACCAUACUCUGUAUUUAUUCAAGAUGUUUUGCCAUAAUAAUAAAUUAUUAAAAACCUGUU